AUGGGAGGAGGACUAAACCACCAAGACGAUCCAGCAUAUAACCCAUACACCCAGAAUCAAACUGGUUCUUUGGAUCAACCAAGAUCCCAUUCUGUAUCUCAAGCAACUAAUACUCCUAAUGUUGCUUCCCCAUCCGCUUUACCUCGAGUCGCUGCAACUCCUACACUUGUUCCAGUAUCUGCUCCAGCUCCUGCCCCACCACCUGCCGUAGUCUAUGUUCCAGUAGCUGCCAAUUCUGCUGGAGCAACAAGUCAUUCCAAUACUUUUGCAUCUCAGCAAGUACCUUUAAGACGUCGAAUGACUGACUGUACACUUAUAUGGUGGAUGGUUUUUUUCCUUUGCUUUUGUCCACUUUCACUCAUUGCAUUGCCAUGUUUCCUUGAUAGUUAUCGUGAAAAAGAACCUGUGCCACAACCAACAACAGGAAAUCAAGGAAUUGUGGUGGUUCAACAGCCUGCAAGAAUGGCACAACCUGAGGUGGACUUGGAAAAGGGUGUGGCAGUGCACCAUCAAACUACUCGUGUGGGUUAA